AUGCCCGAAACUGAAGUAAGAGAUGUUGAAAAAAUUUUACGGAAAAGUCCAGCGAGACAAUGCAUUCACCAUUCGAGGAAAAUAGUGAAUGCAAUUCAACUUAUCGAACGUACCGUCAACAGUAUACUUGUUGGGUGUCUUUUAAAGGAAAACAUUCCGAGGAAUGAAAUUCGACUACAAAGUAAAGCCAAAGUCAUCAUUGUUGGCUCUCACCUACUUAAUGCAGCCCUGCUAGACAGUGAUGUUGAUCUAUUAAUUGUGAUACCCGCUUGUGUUCAUACUUUUCAUGUCAUCUCGGAUCUUCCGCCUGCUUUGUCGAAAGUACCUGAUUUUGAUGAUGUACAAUUACAUCGUAUGCAUAUUAACCUGAUACAAUUAAAUUAUGGCGAUAUUAAAAUCGAUAUCACAGUUGCUAGAUAUCCUGAUGAUCUGAUUCCGGAUAACAUCUAUGAAGCUCUCUCUGAUGAUUCAAUUUUACAGAGAAUUGAUGGCCAGAGUCGAGAGAUAUUAAUCUCGUUAAAUACGUCUUAUGCAAUAUACAAAGCAACUAACUCGAAACUAUAUUCUGAUACUUUACGUGCAAUAAAGUACUGGGCUAAACGUAGGAAGAUAUAUUUCAAUAUAUUUGGAUUCGUAAGUGGUGUUGGAUUAGCCAUUUUAUUGUCCAAAAUCUACAUAAGUUCCAAUAGUUCCACCAUUGAAGAAUUGAUGUCAGAAUUCUUCAAUUAUUAUGCUUCAUACGAUUGGUCACGUCCUGUUGUUAUGUUUGACUCAAAUUUAGAGAUUGACGAUUCAAAUUUUGAUGAUAAUCCAAAGAUGACAAAGCUAUUCAUUCUGGCGCCGAUCAAAGAAUAUAGAAAUGUUUGCAAAAGUGUAACAAAUUCACAUGCUUAUAUCUUCCAACUAGAACUCAAACGUGCCAAAAUGAUUUGUGAUAAAGUUAAUUCAAACAGAUUACUCUGGGAGUCUUUAUUCGCACCUUACGAGUUUUUCAAUUCUUAUAAACAUUUUGUAUUGCUGGUUGGCUGUUUUCCCUCAUACUAUUUCGGCCGAGUUAAAGGAGAAAUCAAGAUUUUAGCGGAGAGGCUCGAAGAUGUCGUUGGCUUGGGAUAUACUCAUUUAAGUGCAUUUGAUUAUGAUAUACUCGAAACCAGUAAAAAUUUUGUUGACAAGCCCGAUGAUUCAUUUACUAGAGUUCUUUGGUCUAUUGGAUUAUCCCUGAAUGAUGAAGAAUCAAAUAUUGAAGAUAUAACUGGAGUUAUAUCAUCAAAAUUGAAAGAUUUUGUUGCUGAUAUUCGGUUCCAAUUCCGAUUUCCUAUAACUUCAUCCCCUACAGUUUACAAGAAUACCAUGACUGCAUUUCUAAUCGCCAGAAGAAGUGUUCCAAAACAUGUAUCCUUUGAAAAUAUCGAUUACAAAUUUUCAAAAUACAUAAGCAAUGAAAGUCGUCUUCAAAAUUUGUAA